UUAUGGUAGUGAUCCCACUGUUUUUACAAUGACAGCUAUAAGCAGUCAAAACCCAUAUCUCUUUGAUUGAAUGAAUGAAAUACUCUUCUUAGGGUUUCCUUUUUAUUGUUCUAGCCAACCCAUUUUUUUCUCUUUCUCAUUUGCUUAAAGAGAGGAGUUAGAGGGGAAGGUGCAAUAAGGGUUCUUGGUUGUCUUAUACCAACCCCCUUUGCUUCUUCUUUAAUUUUGUGGGUUUGGGUUGUUGAGUUUUAUGUUCAUCACUAAUCUUGGACUAAAAAAAAAAUACUUUUUUGUGGGUGUAUAAAUAUUAAAAGUGUCUUGGGAGUUUUGAUGGGAAAGUUGGGAUCUUGAAAGUGAUUAAAAAGAGUCUUUUUGAGAUUAAAGUUUUGAUUUUUUGAUGAGUUUUGGAGGUUUUAUUGGAAGUAGUAGUGGAGGAAACGGUGGUUCUGGGGUUUCAAGAUUGGUGGGUGAUAGUUCAUACGAAGCCAUGCCUACUGCUACUAUGGCUCAGUCACAGCUUAUCACAUCAUCUUUAUCUCAUUCAAUGUUUAACUCUUCACCGUUAUCUCUUGCUCUUAAACCGAAAAUGGAAGGUGCUGGUGAUUUGAGUUUUGAUGCUGCUGCUGUAAUGGGAAGGAACUCCAGAGAUGAUGAGUACGAGAGCAGGUCUGGGACUGGGAGUGACAACUUGGAUGGUGUUGGAUCGGGCGAUGAAAUGGAAACUCACAUUGGUAGCUCAUCGAAAUCGGCAAAGAAGUACCAUAGGCAUACUCCAUACCAAAUUCAAGAGCUUGAGGCUUGCUUUAAGGAGAAUCCACACCCCGAUGAGAAAGCAAGGCUGGAACUUGGUAAGAGAUUGACAUUGGAAAGCAGGCAGGUUAAGUUUUGGUUCCAGAACAGGAGAACCCAAAUGAAGACCCAGAUGGAACGUCAUGAAAAUUCAAUGUUGAAGCAAGAGAAUGAUAAGCUUCGCAUUGAGAACAUAGCGAUGAAGGACGCGAUGAGAAGUCCAGCUUGCCCACAUUGUGGUGGUCAGGCAAUUCUUGGUGAGAUACACAUUGAAGAGCAUCAUUUGAAGAUUGAGAAUGCUCGACUGAGAGAUGAAUACAAUAGGAUCUGUGUCGUGGCAAACAAGUUUCUGGGUAGGCCAUCGGAAUCUUUCCAUGGUCCUAUGUCAGCUGGAAUGGCUAAUUCAGGUUUGGAACUUGCUGUGGGAAGAAACGGCUAUGGUGCUAUGAAUUCUGUUGACACUGCAUUGCCAAUGGGACUUAAUUUUGGCAAUAACUUCUCAAGUGCUUUACCAGCGAUUUCACCUAGGCCCACCCUGAGCAUGGCUGGUGUAGGUGUAUCCUGUGAUAAGAACAUGUUAAUGGAGCUUGCUUUUGCUUCCAUGAAUGAGCUGAUUAAGCUGGCUGAUAUCGGUGCUCCUCUGUGGCUUAGAAACUUUGAUGGAAGUGCGGAAGAAUUGAACCUUGAGGAGUAUGCAAGGUCUUUUCCUCCAUGUAUUGGCAGGAAACCUGCCCACUUCUCAGCAGAAGCAACCAAGGCAACUGGUACUGUGAUGAUGAACAGUCUGGCUUUGGUUGAGAGUCUGAUGGACACAAGUCGAUGGAUGGAUAUAUUUUCAUGCAUUGUUGGCAGAACCUCUACAAUUAAUGUGAUCUCCAACAGCUCAGGUGGAAGCAAGGAUGGCAAUUUGCAUUUGAUUCAAGCUGAGUUCCAAGUUCUGUCUGCUUUAGUUCCUGUCCGUAAAGUAAAGUAUCUACGCUUCUGCAAGCAACAUGCUGAAGGUGUCUGGGUGGUGGUGGAUGUGUCUAUUGAUGCUAUCCAGGAAGGUUCAAUACCGCUUGAUGGAAAUUGCAGGAGGCUCCCUUCCGGAUGUAUCGUGCAAGACUUGCCCAAUGGGUGCUCCAAGGUUAUUUGGAUUGAGCACACGGAAUAUGAUGAGAGUAUCACCCACAAUUACUACCACCCUUACAUCAGGUCUGGCCUGGGGUUUGGUGCCCAACGGUGGAUUGCCACCCUACAAAGGCAAUGCGAGUUCUUGGCAAUCAUGUCUUCUGCUGUGCCCAGUGGUGAUAAUUCAGUGGUUAGUUCCAGUGGACGGAGAAGUAUUGCAGUGCUGGCUCGACGUGUGACUCGCAGCUUUUGCGUUGGGGUUUGUGCGACCUAUUACGACUGGGAAUCAAUCCAAUCAGGGACUGCAGAGGAGAGUAAGUUGAUUAUGAGGAAGGGCGUUGGUGAACCUGGUGACCCUAAUGGUAUGGUGUUGAGUGCCAGCAGGAGCCUCUGGCUGCCGGUAACACAUCAACGUUUGUUUGACUUCCUGCGAAAUGAACAGACAAGAAGUCAAUGGGAUGUCUUGUCCCAGGGUGGUUCCGUGCACCCAAUAGUCCACAUUGGCAAGGGUCAGGAUCUUGGCAAUAGCAUCACUCUGUUUCGUACUAGUGUGGCUAACAGCGAUGGUAGCCAGAACAGUAUGUUGACCUUGCAAGAGUCGUGCACAGAUGUAUCCGGUUCAAUCAUAGCAUAUACAUCACUUAAUAGUGGAGACAUGAAUGUUGUGAUGAGUGGUGGAGAUUCCUCCUGCGUGACAUUCCUUCCAUCUGGAUUUGCAAUCAUUCCAGAUUGUUAUGAGAAUUCCAACGGGGUAGCAGCUGGCAAUGGAAUACUCGAGAAUGGUGGUAAGAUUAAUGGGUGUCUAUUGACCAUGGGAUUCCAGAUACUAAUGACUAACCCGCCUACAGGAACUCUCACUAUGGAUUCAGUGAACACUGUGAACUCCCUCAUCACCCGUACAGUGCAAAACAUCAAACUUGCUUUCCAGUGCAAUUAAUUGGCACUACAAGUUGAGUUGUUGCUUUCUGUGUUGUGGUGCAAGUAGUAGUAUACAAGGAAGGUUAUAGAAAGAAGACGGGUUUGAGUCAAUGAACGAACCGAGGUGGUUCCUCAGGUUGACUAGUUAGUUAGUUAGUUAGUAUUUGGCAUGGUGUUUGAUGGAGGAAUUGGUGUGGUUCGCGUAUUGACUUUGGUGGCCCUUUUAGAUUAUUGUGUCAUAUGAUUCUCUGUUGGUUUGAAUCAAUCUUGUGUUUUUGGCUGUUGUUAAACGCUCUAAACUUAUUUGCAUGGUUUUUAAUAUAUUUGGAUUUUCGUUCA